AUGAUAGGUAACGAUUUGGUACCGAGUUCGUUAACCAAUUCGCCUGACAUGGAAUUCUGUGACGAUUUGCUCGUCGAGAUUUUCUCCAGGCUCCCGUUCGAGUCGCUGGCAAGAUUCAAGUGCGUGUCCCGCUCAUGGCGCGCGCUCAUCUCCGGCGGCUACCUGCGCCGCAGGCUGCCGCUGCUCGCCGCCGGCUUGUUCGUGCACGUUCCACGCGAUGGUGAUUCCGCCGGCGGUGGCGGUGAGCCGAGGUAUGCCACUGCGUGCGCCGGCGGCGGCGGCCUCGAGUUCUGCGACAUGAGCUUCUUCCCGCUGGUGGAGACCGCGAGGGUCGUCGACGCGUGCGAGGGGCUGCUGCUGUACAGGUCGGUCGAAUCGGCGUCGGAGCUGUUCGUCGCUUCCCCGGCGACGAGGAGGUGGGCGGCGCUGCCGGUGCCCCGGCGGGAGGCGCAGCUCCCGCUGCUGGCGUUCGAUCCGGCCAGCGGCUCGCCGCCGCACUACCACGUCGUCUGCUUCGUGGCGUGGCAGGAGCGCGGCGCCACCGUGGACGUCUUCUCCUCGGCGUCCGGCGCGUGGGCCGAGCGCGACGCCGCGUUCGGCGUCGACGCCUCGUCGCUGUCGCCCACCACGCACUACCGCGGCGGCGUCCUCCACGUGCUCGCGUACCCGGACCGCGUCGUGCUCAUGGACCUCGCCACAGCGAUGGCGCCCUGCAGGCUCGCCCCCCGGCUGCCCGAGGACAUCGACGCCGGCGCCCGCCUCGGCCACUCCCGUGGCCUGCUCCAUUACGCCAAGUGCGACGGCGAGCGGCUCAGGGUCUGGGCGCUCGACUCCUCCUCCUCCUCGCCGGGCUCAUCAUGCCAAUGGAUCCUGACGAACACCGUCCGUGUCAACGACGUGAUCAUCAAUGGCGGUCGCUGGCCGGUGACCGAGGUCAAGUUCUUGGCGUUCCACCCGGACAUAGCGGACGUGGUGUACCUCUCGUCGCCGGCGGGGGAGGUGGCGAGCUGUGACCUGAGGAAAAAGGAGAUCGUGAGCUCGUGGAAGCUGGGAGCCGAGCACCAUAUCGUCAGGUUUUGGUUGCUUUCUUUCUCCUCGGGUUUGAUGAACUGCUUGGGUGUGGCUAGUAACCUUUGA